AGCAGAAACAGGAAGUGGACACAUUAGUCAGUAAACACCAUCCCAUAUGGAACUUUAAAAUGAUCAUGAGGACAGGGGGGAAAUCCUUUGACCGGCCUGACUGACGACAUGAGACGACCUUCGCUGCUUAUCAGUCUGUCACUGGCAGUUUUCCUCUCUGCUGAUGUUCUGGCUCAGAACCAGGUACAGAUCCAGUUCCAGGAAGACCCGGUGCAGGUUCAAACUGGUACCCAGAUAGUGUUCACAGUGCUGACGGUGUCUCAGGUCCUGUCCGUCACAUGGCAGUACCAAGGAGAUGUCACUCUGGGCCUGUGGGCCGGGGGCGCUGCAGUGGUUAAUCCAGUGCCCCAGUUCCAGGGCAGGGUCACCAUCACUGCCACCCAGCUCCGAAUCGGCGGCGCCCAGCUCCGAGAUGCCGGAAACUACACGGUGGAUGUGAUCCCCUUCGGCACCACAGGCCUGACUCCAAACUCCAGAUCAGUGCAGCUGAGGGUGUUCGACGCAGUGGCCGGCGUGAGUCUGUUUGUUCCCUCGGUGGCGGUGGAGGGGAAUAACGUGUCUCUGAGGUGUACGUGGACUGCCGGGACAGAGAUAACAGUCCUGUGGGGCAAGGGAGGCACAGCCGUCACCGCCGACUCCAGGAUCACCAUAUCAGAUGGUAGCCUGGUCAUCAACCCAGCCAGACGGGGGGAUGCCGGGGAGUACACGUGUACCGUCAGCAACCCUGUCAGUGCCCAAACUGCCACACGGAGCCUCACCGUCUACUAUGGCCCGGACACUCCGGUGCUGACCAAGGACAGCCCAAAAGAGUGUGUUGGGGGAGGGGAUGUGUUGGUGGGACAGACGGUGCGGCUCACCUGCAUGUCUGACUCGCUGCCCCCUGCCCUCUUCUCAUGGCAACGUGACGGACAGAGCGUUGCGUCGGGCCAGCCGGACAGCGGGGUGCUCAGCCUUCAGACCGUCUCCACCGACGAGAGCGGCCGCUACGUCUGCACGGCCAGAAACGCCGUCACUGGAGCCACGGCUGAGCAAGGGACAGACCUGGCAGUCGUCGACACGUGUCUAAAUGCAGGGGAAGUGGCGGGGAUUGUGAUUGGAGGUUUGCUGCUGAUCCUUAUCAUCGUGCUCCUCAUCGUGCUCAUUGUUUUCCUGGUGCGAAGGAGGCGGGACCAGUCGAGACGGCCUGUGUUUGUUCAGAAGACCAACCCAAAUCCCAGGCCUAUCCCUCCAGACCCACAACAUAAUGGUGCGAGGGAAUCGGGUCAAGGUCGGCACCCCCCCCUCUAUCACGUGGAUACACCCCACUACGGACGCUUAUACACAACGCCGCACGAAACCAAUGGCAACCCACAGACUCUGCCACUGAACAGCCUGCAUAACUCUAACACACACCAACACAAUGGUCAGACCCACACAAAUGGACUCCUUCACAAUGCUAUUCAGAACACCAAUUCAUAUCCACACAAUGGCGUCGAAAACCUGGGUUUCACGCACGCUGAUUCACAGAAUGCAAACACGCUCCCAAACACACAACAGCAAAAUUCAAAUAUUCUCAUACAGGCCGGCUCUUUCCCCGGUGGCAACCAGCCGCCGGCGGUUCAGGUCAGCCUUAGCACACCGCCGCAAAACAAUGGUGCACAAAUGCCCACGAUUCACGUCAAUCUUAACUCAUACCCCACCAAUGGCCCACAGCCUCAGCAGCACUCAGCUAAUAAUAAUGGUUCUUCUCAAACCCAACAAAACCUGUCACAUGCAGCGCAAUCAGAUCCCAGAAUGCAAAGUGGGCAAUCUUAUCCUAGUGACCCGCGACUGACAGGUCACACAGACGCAGGUCAACAAGCUCAACGUGGACUAAUACCGACCGGGUACACGCAUUUUAACGGCAACAAUGUUUCCCAGCAAAAUGCAGACACACAGACCGACCAGGAGGACAUGGCACGUCGUAGUCCGUCUGAUAGAAACUCGGAAGGACACGACGACAGUCCCAGCUCCUCCCGUCGACUGAUGCCAUGGGAUCGCCUCAGAGGGACACCUUCGUAUCCGAGCGGUAGGCAUCAGAGAGGCCAGCUAUCACCUGAGAUCGCCUCUGACACUACAGACUACUCAGCCUAUCCUCCCAUACCAGAGGCAAGAACAGCAAACGGAUCUCGACCUCGACCUCAGAGCCAAACCAGUUUGCUGAGCAGAGUCUUGAACAGACAAGUCGCUCCACCAGCGGACAGGCAGACGGGGAGCCGUUCGGCUGAUCAUCGAGGCCUGAGCUUUCGCAGUGUGGCGCAGUUUGAGGCUUUAAGAGACACACAGAGAAACCCCCGUACACAGAGGGAGAGUGAUCAGCGAGAAAUCAGAGGUUCGCCUAGUAGACAGGCUGCCUCCAGGCAGGAAGCCAUGCACAGCAAUAGCCCCCAGGCACUGCCUCACAUGAGCCAGCAGGCCUCCGUUGGACACUCUGCCAUGUCACAAAGACCCGCUGCACCGCAAAGUGCAGAUACAAGAGCUUUGGCUGAUCCUAAUCACCUUCCCCAGGCACACGUGUCCCAGCAACACAGAGCAGCACCCAUCCAAAACUCACCACAGGGCCUGGGCGUGCAGACUCAACCUGUCACGCACGGUGCCAGUCAACCUCGCCAAGGAGGCACCGCUCCAGCACCAAAACCUUCUGCCCAGCUCGAUCCCAGUCACCUAACCCAGGCUGCACUUCACGCCCACACUGAGAGGGCUCAGACAUUUCAAAAUCGUAAACAACAGACCCAGGCUGCCCUGCUUCACCCCGGGCCACAGACUCGAGCUCCUGCUGCCGGGGCUCAGCAUGCGCCGACUCCUCCUCCUGUGCUACCCAUCGCGCAGUUCCAGACCCUCCCCAGAGAGCGCACUCAGCGCAAAUCUCCAGCUAGAGGCCCUCAGCCCCCCAGGCCUCCCGUCAACAUGCCGGUUACUCAACGGAACCUGCAUGUGCAAAAGCGGACCAAUGAGCAGCGUCAUCCUGCCGCGAUGCCCCACGGACGUCCUCACCACCCUGGAAAUGGCCACAUGCAUGCCAGUGCAAACAGACAUGCCCAUGCCCAUGCCCACGGGCACCCUACCCACUUCACCAAACCGCGACAGCAACAGGCUCAUGGAGGGAGACCAAGACGAUGACAAAUGUCAGCAGACUGCACUCUACGACAGUUCCACAUCCAGUGACACAAACAAACAAACGGCAGACAGACAUGAUCCAAUAUACCACCGAGCAAGACUGACUGCACUCGCUUUAGCACUCCGAAAAAAAAAGGAAGCUGUCAUAGUCUGGUAUCUCUGGUGUAUUUCUAAAAGAAAUGAACCUGUCUCCUAUGGGGACGAAGAAAUGUGACUUUUUUAAUACAGUCGCAUAAUCUCUAAAAGAGAGGCGUGAUCUGCCCUUUUCUAAAAAAAAAAUUAAAUACACCAAUUUAAUUGGUGUAUUUAAGUGGUGUGUUCAAAGUGGGCGUGAACAAUAUUCACGCCCACUUUUCCCAGAGCCACGUGUAUUGUACCGUUUCGAUUUCUGAAGCACCGGUCAAGCAUCCGACUCUGGCGAGAGCCUGCUCAGAGAGGACAGGUUCAGCGAUCCACAGCUCCUGACCAAGCUCCCAUCCAUUCAUCAUCCAAACCAAACAGUACCUCGGCGAAAUGCACUUGAGGUGCCUGCAUGAAUAUCCGUCCCUGUCCAACUGGAGGGACCCCCCCCCAGGGAACAGCGACAGCUAUGAAAAAAAAGGAAAUUAGCUGCAGGGUUGGUCGUAAUCUACACGGAACCAUUUAUUUUGCGCCUUCUGUUUACAGAUGCCUUGUGCUUCACUUCUCAAUUAAGGGGAUUCGCCUCGGUGGCGCUGGGGAGUAAUGCUCAGCUAACUAUGAAGGGGAUCCCACCAACGCUUAUUAAUUAGAUGCCGUGACUUAAAUGACUUGGAAAAUAAUCACACCGGUACAUGAAUGAGGCCCGCACAAAGACCCGGACUGCCGCGCUUUAUGCUGAAAAAGCACAGUGUGGCGGUUCACUGUCGGCUCAUCGUUAAAUCAUUAACCAUGAUGGGAUGUUAUUAUUACUUUUGCAGAUUAUGUAGUGUUUACUGGUUUGUAAUGUUAUGGUUCUUCUUUUUUUUUUAAACUCACUAUUGUACUCGUGGAAAUGGAUUGUUUAGGUUGCGCUUGUUCAUUACAAUGCUGUUAUUCAUAAGUAAGUGUCACUAAAGUAUUUUUGGACUUUCAAGGGUAAGGCUGGUAAUAUUCAAUACUUUUUCUCACUGUCAAUAAAUCCCAUGUCAAGACUAAUAUCAAUCAUGAACCGAUCCUACUAACAAGUACUACGUCUCCAUUCCUUCUGUGCUGUGGGGGCUCCACUGUUUUCCCCAAAAACGUAACCCCCCCCCCCAUUAAUCAGCUAUGCUGUUGCACGUGGUGCCUCAUUACGAUAAACACGGCCGCUGCAGAUUGUUUGAGCAAAUCACAGAAAAUGUUGUCAUGCUGCUGAAAACUACUCACUAGAACACCGAGUCUGAAUUAGUCCCCUGAUGAAAAUACUCCCCUCCAUUGCACUAUUUAAGAAGCUCCGGUGCACAGCUGUAUCAGGAAAUCAUUAAGCCCAACUUUUUUUUUGAGAAAACAAAACAAUCUUUUUCCUUCAUCUAAAGAUGUGAGUCACAUGCACUCGGGCUGAGAGCCUCUAACAAAGGAGGCAAGCACUAAGACUAAUGCAUAGUUGGGUUUUUGAAGGACUUUUUUUGUCAAUAAGAAAAAAAAAGACCAAUAGCAGCCUUUUCUUGAAUAUCAUAAUCCAUGAAGGAACAUGAAGGAUUACACAGCACAUCUGGUGGGUCCAGCCAAACAUCUGGAGCAUGAGAUCAACUUUCACUGCCUUGAAAAAUUGUGCCAUUUGUGAAAAAUGAAUGCUUGUAAAUGAUUUACAAAGAUGCCGAGUAUCAAUGUGAGAUGCUACAAGGACAUGAUUUAUCUUUGCUUCUCAGGGAGGAAUUGCACAUUGUUUGGGCUUCAUGAAAUGUUGUAUUGGACGGAUUUUUUUUAUCAAUGUUAAUAAAGAAUUCUUGUCGUAACGCUGA